CAAGCGAAGGAAGGAGGUGGACGUCAUCUGAAAAGUUUUUCAUUCCUUUAAUUUUAUUGUAUUGGAAUGUUAUAUGAUUACAAUCUAAUAAUUAACAAAUUAGUGUCAAAUUUAAAUUAUUAGUAUGUAAUUUUUAUGUUUGUACGUUAAAUUUUUUGCAAUAACGAAGUGAAGGUGACGCUACAAACUAUUGUGUCGGUGAUGUAAUUUAGGUGAUUGGGUGGCUUCCUAGCUCUAGGCGUUACAAUGGAAGAAUCCUCGUUUACAAUUCCAGCCGACGACAAUGGUGAUACUGAGCUCGAUCCUAGAAUACAGGUGGAGCUGGAGAAGCUGAACGCGGCCACUGAUGAGAUCAAUAAGUUGGAACUGGAGCUUGACGAGUCGAUGAAAACAUUCCACCUACUACUGAACGAGACGUCCCGCCGCUUACAAGCGUUGACCAAACGUUUGGGCACGUGCGUGGACAAGUCCCGGCCGUACUACGACGCGGUGGCCGCUGCGACCAGCGCGCGCUCUGAGUGUCAGCGCGCGGCGGUGCAGUUCCAGCGGGCGAGUGAACUGCACGCAGCAGCCAAGGAGACAGUGACAUUAGCUGAACAGCGCUUCGUCAGCAAGCAGGACGAGUGGCAAUUCGACAACAACUGGCAGGAGGUGCUCAACCAUGCCAUUAUUAAGGUUAUGGACGCAGAAAAGAGGAAGGCGGAGAGUGGUCGUGAACAUCAAAAGAAAGCUGCCGCCUUUAUCACCGCUGAAAGAAAGGUGACUCAGCUUGAAGAGAAUCUCAAACGGAAUAUAAUCAAAUCGCGAAUCUACUUCGAAGAGAAGAAACUGUGUGAUGAGCAACUGCAAACACAAAAUGAAAAGAUUGAGAAACUGCAGCGACAAAUUGCAGAUGCAAAGUUCAGGUAUUCGAAGUCUCUGAAAGCUCUAGAGGAAAUUUCCGAAGAGAUACACAGAAGAAGGGGUGAAUAUCCACCCGAUAAAGAUUCCAUACCAGUUGGACCCAGAGAACCCGGCGUGGGCGCGGAAAAAGACCCAGUACAUGAUGAAAAUCAACUAGAUAUGGAUAAAGAUGAAGAUACCAGUCUGCAGGAACUCAGGAUGCGCGUCAGGGAACUAGCACUCAAACCAAAAGAUAUAGAAACAGAUGAAGCCUGGGCGCAAGAGCUCAACGAGACGAUCAACAAACUGGACCAAUUGCUGAUGAUGAAGGAAAAUAACCAGCAGAAAAGAUCGAAAUUAACCGCAAACCCGCCAAGGAAUUCUAGCGCGCCAUCAACCAGUACUAACACCGCGAAAUAUGAAAGCAAAGAGACAAAUUUGACAAGAAUGAAGUCCAGAAGCAGGGAAGUGGUGUACGAAAACCCGAUACCGAUUGGAAAAAGUGAGAAAUCCAAAAGUAUGAUGUCGUUAGACGUGCUUGCGUUGGCGAGAGACGCGUCUAUAAUGGACAGGGAAUCAUACUUAAAAGCAGUUAUUGAAGACAAAUCGCCGACUGGAACGUAUACAGAGAGCAAUUCGGAUAGAAAUGACAGUCCAGAUGAUAUUUUAAUGGUAGAGUGUGAUUCCAGUGAUUCCAACCAGAAUCCAGUGAUCAGAAUGACCGGGACCACCGUCACCGAUAGUGAUAAUAGUUAGACUCUAGAUAAUAUAGCACGUUUAUAGAUUAAAUUGUAAAGUUCUUAUUAAAUGUGGUUGUAUAAAUUUUAUUCUUAUUCGAGAUUUGAUCUCGCGGAAAUUUUGACUUUGAUAAUUAGUAAUGAAAAUUAAAGGGUUUAGUGGUUGUUUGUCAUUAAAACUUGGUUCCUAAGAAUUUUGGACAUUUGAAAAAUACAUUUUAUGCAAACAUGCGAGAGGUUUUAUAACAAAUAAUUUCAGUAUAAUAUUCACACAAACAGUAUAUAAAAUAUUUUAAUAUCAUUAACUAUAUUAUAUAAGUAUUAGAUUUGUUAAUAUUAGUAGGCAUGGGUACUUAUUUUUGAAGAAAUUCGGUAGUGAAAAAAAUUGAAAUGGUAAAGGGAACAGGGUAGCAUUGUACUGAGAUGGAAAUCGUAUUGAAACUUAAUAGAAACACUAUUAUUGUAACACACCCCGUGAAUAUUAUAUUGACCUUUUUAGUCUAACUUUAAGAAAACGCAAACACAGUGCAAAUUUUUGACUUGAUAAUUCUCAUUUUUUUACAUGCAAAAACACGGGUUUAUGACUUGUAGAGUUCUUUAGAAAUGUAGCUUUUUAUAAUGUUUAUUUUCAUGUCAUGUUUAUAAACCUUUAGUAAAUAUAUUUAUAUUAUUUUAUGUUAAUAAUCAGCAAACUGCCAGUUUGAUAAUAAUUUCGCAUAAUAUAUGCAUUUACACCACACAAGUCCUGUAGGUUGUAAAAUGUGUUAUAAUAAGGUUAUAUUUUGCAGUAAUUUCAUAGCAUAUAAGGUAUUCCUACGAUAAAUAUGUUGAGUGUUGACUUAGUUUAAUCAUUAAUGCAUUCAGAGUGAAACUUGGCAGUCUUAAAAAUUCUGUAUUUUCAAUGUUAAUUUUAAGGCAUAUUUCAUUAAUGACUAAUAUUAUAUUUACGGUAGCUAUGGAAAGUUACUAAAACCACUCGAAUAAUUAAAUAUGCUAAUAGAUAGAGUGAUAAGUGCAUUGGACUAAUUACGAACCUAGGGUAUCUAUAAAAUAGUCCUCUCCCAGAAACUGCAUAAAGAUAUCAUUCAAACCAUUAGCCUUAUCAUAAGUCAUAACCUAUUCUCUUUAAUACUUUCAUAGAAUAAAAAAAAAUAUUAGUAUGCAUAUAACCGUAUAAACCUUUUGAAUCCUCCUUUAAACCCUCGUUCUUAAUUACCCCAAUGCACAUAAUUUUUAACGACGGAAGACUGAAACAAAGUCUAAACCAUCUUAAGUUAUAUUUGUAAUGAAUCCCACCAUACGUAUUAUAUUCUAAGCGAUGGGAAAAUGAAUAAAUUAGUUACACCAAUUUGAAUGCACAUAAUGUUAACCUUUUUAUGGUGUACUUUACACUAUUUUCUUGAUGUUUCACAUUUUCUAAACUAACACGAAUAUUGUAACAUGUUAUUUCUCAAAAGACAACUAAUAAAGUGAUAAAUAAAUGA